AUGGAUGAGGCUGCAAUGAAGCCAACAAUUGACAUUAUUGUGUGUUCUUCCAUGAACAAUCAUCAUGCUAGUGCUAAAAAAAGUGAUGAUUCAAUUUCCAACCCAAGAACCAAGGCAUCAUCAGAUUCAAAGUCAGCACCAUUCUUAACUAAGAUCCAUGCAGGCUACUUUUUCAUCUGUCUUUCCUUCGGUGCUCAAGCUUUGCUAUGGAAGAGUUUAAUACUCAUUGCAACUAUCUUAUCUUUUCUCUAUAUGCUCAAGUGCAUCUUGCACUUUAAUGCAGUGAAGGAUGAGUUUUCACAUCAUAUUGGAGUUAACUACAUGUAUACUCCUUGGAUUUCAUAUCUUCUCAUGCUUCAAUCGUCUCCACCUUCGAUUGUUCCGAGAACUUGUUACUACGAGUUUCUUUGUCUGUCCUUUUCUUUUGUUGUAUUUCUUCUUGAUGUAAAACUAUUCGGACAGUGGUUCACAACUGAAAAGAGGUUUCUGUCAGUGGUAGCAAACCCUGUUAACCUUGUUUCUGUUAUAGGCAACUUGGUGGCGGCUCAAGCUGCGACAGAAAUCGGUUGGAACGAGUGCGCGCUUUCAAUGUUUUCGCUAGGAAUGCAUGGCAAGUUUAGCUUGGAAAUCCAUCUCAGGUUCUUUUCUCAUCUCAUCAAAGAUGCUGUUCUUUCUCUCUUUGUUCCUUUUUCUUUCUCAGGCUUGCAGGCCAGGACUGUUCAAGAAAACUAUAAAAAGGUGAAAAAUAGCAUGGCAUCUGGUUUAAUGCUGCUGAUAUGUAUUGUGUCUGUUCUUGUUUUUGUUUUUCUGAUGCUAACUACUGUACUCAAAAUUGAGAAGCUGAUGCAUAAAAAAGCACCCACUAAAUGA